AGAAAUGAGAUCAUCCUGCAGAAGAGUAUACCGAUGGUGCAAGUCUUAUUAUUUAAUUGUGUUCUUAUGGGGCAUCAGUCAUUUCCUACUUCUUUACCUUUCCCUCUGCCAUGCUGCCAGGGCACUUUGUUUUCAGAGUACGCAGAAGUAUAAAAGAGAUGCCCAAAAGUCUAAACUGUGUAGAGCCAGAGACUGACACAGAUCAGCAUCACUUUUUACUAUAUUGUAUGCUUAUGUCUCUUCAUCCUUCUAUUUAAGCAGUUUUUGGAUUCUGCAGGUUCUUUCAGGAUAAUCAGUAAGAGAGUACUAUGGCUGAAUCCAUCUACAUAAAACUGAAGAACAUGAUGUUGGGAUGAGAAUUAUCCGGUGCCAAGUAGAGCAGAUCACUUACAAUCAGAAAGUUACUAUGCUGGAACGUGCUAUCAUCAUCAUGAACUUCAUCUUUGAGAUUCCAUCUGCUGUUUUUGAUCAGAUAUCCUCUGUGCAUAAGCCUCAAUAUGCUCUUCUUAGUAUGGUGAUGUCUUUGGUAGUUAUGAUCAUUUCCAUCAUUGAUCUUGUUCACAAGGGUCGAAGGGAAAGAGUUUCUUGCAUGAAGAAAGGGAUGAUACCUUGGUUUUAUUACCCAAAUCGAAAUCGAAACCCUUUCGUUUCAUUUAUUGAUAUGAUUGGAUUAGUUUGUGCCAUCAUUCAAUGUGUUUUUACAACAGUAGCAUAACCCUUUCUGUCUAGGCAUGCUGAUAAUCCUGUCAACCUGAAUGUUUGGCCUAUGAUAUUUGCCUUUGGUGUAUUGUACUCUAGAUUUUUGCAGAAACCUGCACGGAGAAGGCCAACCCCAGUUGUAAGAGCCGAAGACAUGGAAAUGAAUUUACUUCAGCUGCAAUUGCAGAUAACAUCGUUUCAGGAGAUCCUCCAAAAAGAUUGCCAACCUCAUUUGCAAGGACGGUAUAUGGAAAAGAAUUUACUCCGGCUGAGCUUGCUGCUGCUACCAAUCAUUUCAAGAACAAGAUCAGUUCAGGAAGCGUUGGUGCUGUUUAUAAAGGGAAAUUACUUGAUGAUCAAGAAGUGGCAAUCAAGAGAAGACCCACAGGCCAACUGAGAAAAUUGUCAGUCCUGUCAACACUUCACCACAAAAACUUAGUUAGGCUCAUUGGUUACUGUGAAGCUGGAGACGAGAAGAUUUAGUUUACGAGUACAUGAAAAAACAGAUCUCUCUAUGACCAUUUACAUGACAAGAACAAUACUGAUAAGAAAAGUAGUCUGAUAAAUUCCUGGAAAAGGAGGAUCAAGAUUGCAUUAGAUGCUGCAGUAGGAAUUAAUUAUCUUCACAAUGAGUUGAACACAAAUAUUAUCCACAGAAACAUCAGGUCUUCUCACAUCUUGCUUGACACGAACUGGAUGGCGAGAGUUUCAGAUUUUGGACCGUCACUGAUAGGUCCUGAAUAUGAAAUUUUGUGCAUCGAUCCUGAAUUCAACAGAAUACUGAAUGCAAAGAGCGAUGUGUACAGUUUCGGUGUGGUAUUGCUGGUACUUCUGACAGGCAAGGCAGCUAUAUUCGAGGAUAUUGAUAGUAGAAGAGGCCUAAUAGAUAUAGCGAGUUUUGCAGUGCCUAAAAUUCUGUCUAAUGAAUUAUUCAUGGUAUUGGAUCCUAGGGUCGGUCCACCUGAACAAACUGGUAACGAGGCAGAGGCCGUGGAUUUAGUGGCGAAAACUGCAGUUUGUUGUAUGAAUUUGGAAGGGAAAAACAGGCCAACUAUGUCUGAUAUUGCUGCUAAUUUGAAACAAAGUUUUUCUUUAUGCGAUGGAUGGUUAUUGAGGAUAAUCGACAUUGAAGCAGGGAAGUAGCAGAUAUCAGUCUAAUGAUGUUCUAUAGUUAAUUUACUCUCAUUCUUGUAAUUAUGCAAUAUUUCUUUGGUGUUUCAGUUUCUAAAUAUGUUUUAUCAGCUUUACAAGUUCAAGAAAUCUCCACAAAACUAUUCCAUGGCUAAAAU